AAAAAGGAGAACCUAAUAGCGUAAAUUAAGAGAAACAGAAUGGAUCCUGAUUAUGAGCAGAGGUUGUUUAGGCAAGUAAAUGGUCAAAGAACACCAACAAAGAACAGUCCAGCAUCUUCUCCAUAUGGAAAAGGGAGUCCAAUAUUAUUAUCUCCAUCAAAAAGGAAGCCAGAAGGAGAUAGAUUCAUCCCAAGCCGUGCCAUUGUGAAUUUAAGUAGAGGGUUCUUAUCAACUCCACCACAGGAAAACUCAGAGCCAAGUCAGACUGCCAAUACAAAGGAACAAACACCCAGCACAGAAAAUAAAGAAUCUUUACUAUAUACAUCGUUGCUAAGAAACGAGCUUCUUCGUGAUGACAUUGAAUCAUUAUCUGAAAAUUGUGAUGAACGGCAUCCGCUGUCCACACCUAAACAUGUUCGAUCCUUGUUCAAGAAUCGCACUCCAAAACGAAAAUACUCUUCUGAAUCGCUUGAUGCAGUUAGUCCAUACUCUGUUUCACCCAUCGGCAGUAACAGUCACAAGUUACUUCGCUCACCAAAGAAGGCUAUUAGAAAGAUAUCGAAGGUUCCGUUUAAAGUUCUUGAUGCUCCUGAUUUACAGGAUGAUUUUUAUUUAAAUCUUGUUGAUUGGUCAUCACAAAAUAUUCUUAGUGUUGGUUUGGGCUCUUGUGUUUACUUAUGGAGUGCAUAUACAAGCCAGGUGACAAAACUAUGUGACCUGUCGUCCGAAAACGAUCCUGUGACGUCAGUAGCCUGGACAGAAAGGGGAAACCAUUUGGCUGUUGGUACGCAUAAAGGGUUCGUUCAGAUUUGGGACGUAUCUGCAAACAAAAGAGUUUCAGUACUACAGGGGCACACAACCAGAGUUGGUUCACUGGCGUGGAACAAUGAUCUACUUUGCUCUGGCAGUAGAGACCGGAUCAUUUUUAUGAGAGAUGUCAGAUGUCCUACACAGUCUGAGAAACGUUUGGUUGGACAUAAACAAGAGGUUUGUGGUUUAAAAUGGUCACCAGACAAACAACUGCUUGCUUCUGGUGGAAACGACAAUCGACUGCUUGUUUGGAAUCUUUCGAACACGACACCUUAUCAACAAUAUGCAGACCAUACUGCAGCUGUGAAAGCUAUUGCUUGGUCUCCUCAUCAGCAUGGAUUGCUUGCAUCAGGUGGGGGUACAGUGGAUAAAACUAUCCGCUUUUGGAAUACUUUGACAGGACAGCCCAUGCAGUGCGUGGACACAGGUUCUCAGGUUUGCAACUUAGCUUGGUCAAAACAUUCCAAUGAGUUGGUGAGUACGCACGGUUACUCUCAGAAUCAAGUUCUGGUGUGGAAAUAUCCGAGUUUAACACAAGUGGCAAAAUUGACUGGUCACACUUACCGUGUUCUUUACUUGUCGAUGUCACCCGACGGUGAAUCAGUUGUUACAGGGGCUGGUGACGAAACGUUGCGAUUUUGGAAUGUUUUUAGCAAGACUAAUACACAAAAGGAAUCAAGAUCCGAAUUAAAUUUAUUUUCACAUAUCCGUUGAUUUUUUAUUUUCAUUAUUAUUAUUAUUUUACAGAUCAAAUCUCUAACUUUAUAGUACAUAUUUGUAUAUAGUAAUUAUUUAAAUUGAUAGUACAUAACCGCAUGUUCUGGAGAUACUUGAAAACUUCACUACACUCUCGUCUACUUUAUCGCGCCAAAAAAAUGUCUGACGAAAUAUUCGUCACGUAGGGAAAAUUUUGACACUCGUUCAUUGUGAAAUAGUCCCACUCUAACUAUGAGCGUCUAAGAUCACUUUAUAUUUUUUCAGUGAAUAUUCUAAUACAUAAUUCGUCGGCCAAAAGUUUCGUCGCAUGUCCCACAUUUUUGUUGUUGCCUGAUCGUGAUCUUUUCGGCUCUGAAAUAAUAUAUUCUAAGUUAUUUUAAAAAUGCGCUCCCUCGUAGAUAUCAUGUUUGAGAUUAGGUACUUCAAUAUUAUUUUUUCGAGCACUGCGUGUGAGAUCGUGUACUCUCCUGCACACAAUUUUAGUGUGCACUUGUUUUGUAUAUAAAAUUAUCAAUAGUGGAAUUUUUGAAUUCAAAGUAUUGUAUAUAUGCGAACUGCUGAGAGCAUAUCUCAAGAGCAGGGACUGAGAACUACUCUAGAAAGUGGUUGAAUACUGCUCCUGCGAUUGUGAUCGUUACUUGUUUUAAACAAAUCUGUCUACAAGAGAACAACCUGGUUCCCAGGAUGCACUCGGUAAUACCAGCAACAGAGUGUUCACACCCUCUGUGAGUGUUCAAGCCCUCUGUAACACUGUUUAUUAUCUCUAACAAAAUAAAUUUCACCUAGUCUUUCUCGAUUACAAAUAAAAUCUAAAAUAGAAGGUAUUUUAGAAAUCUAAGUUUUUUUUCAUGAUUGUCUAGUUUUGUGCGAACGAUAGUUAACCCUCUCAGUCGGAUAGGAUUAACGACCUGGGGACGAGGUUGUAUUUUGUAGUUAUAUCACGUGUUAUUAGUUAGAAUUUUCCAAUAUCUUGUCGUCUAUAAUUGUGUUCGCCUGGAUCAAUUGUGUUUCUUCUUCUUUUCGAAACUGAAAUUUUUGAAUAAGCAAGGCAAAACUUGAGUUUCCAUGCCUCUAAUUACUUUGUUGUUGUUUUUCUUUUUUCAUUAGUAAACUAUCACAAUUUUAUUGAAUUAAUUUUCUCUUUUUUUUUUUGAAUUAUAAAUACAUGUCUCUUUAAUAUUAUUUGUCUCCAUUGUUCAGUUGUAACAAGAAAAAUUUGCUAUCACGUGACUUUCUCCAAACAGGUAGUUCGUUCUUCCAUGAAACAGCAAUUUUUUCUUCCAAUUUCUAAUGUAUACGCACCUGAAAUAUCGCAGUGAUAAUUUUAGAAUUUUGUCAGGAACAGAUAAAAAAUUUUUAUUUCAAACUUUGCGUGGAAAUUAAAAGUAUUAUUAUUUUAAAUGAAAUACAUGUUCUUUUUUUAA